AUGACCCCUGGCUUUCGAUCUGAGGAUGUCUUCUCUGACGAGUCCAGUUUCUACGGCGACGAUGAGGAGCAGACGCGACUCAAAGAACUAGAUGCGACCUUUGAUCCCGAGCCAUACUGGGCGAAUGUUCACCCGCGGCUUCUGUCGACCAUUCAAUAUACAUCCACUGCACCACAGCACAAAGCAGAGCCAGAGGAUUCUCCCGCACACGACAACGACGCGGAGGGAUCAUCCUUCCGUCCACGGGACAAACGCGGACGUGCAGAGCCCAUCGCAGCCUUCUUGUCGCGCUUGCCUCCCUCAAGAACCAGAUCCUCAGACGCCGGGCCGUGGAUCUGGAUGCGCAAGUCUCGCUCACAGGGGGGAGACGGCGAUAUCGCCACCUUGGUGAGAGAGGGCAAUGCGCUGCUCCAGGCCUACGAAGAGGAGGCAUCUGAACUCCGCAGUGCUCACGACAAGUCCGGCGCAAAGACCAAGGCGGCGUUGACGCGCAAAUUGAAUCCUUUACGACGGACUUUAGAGCAAGACAUCUUCGGCCUCGCUAAAGAGACGGGUGUCACAGCCGGUAAAUGGAUGCUUUUUCCAUCAGUGGAACAUGUGGAUUCCGCGUGGAAGAAGGUUGUUACGGCUCUGGACAAGGGAGAGCUGGGGGAUGCCGCCAAGGUCGCUACGGACGAUGGGUCAGGUCAGGCCCGUCUGAUUUGCGUUUAUACAGAUGACUUUAGUGACAAGAAGGAUGUGAAGCGAGUGUUGAGAAGCCUCGUUGAGCAGGGGCUUGUCGACAAGGAAUCGCGCCCGAUUUACUAUAAGUGUGAUGCGUAUACUUAUCUGGACAUCAAGUCGAAUAACGAGUACGGCUUGAAGGCGAGCUUGUUUUCCAGCCGCGAAGUUCUCUCUGGGAAGAUAUGA